UCGGCCUGCGGGAAGAUGGCGGCGCCCUGGUGGCGAGCCGCGCUGUGCGGGAGGCGGGCCUGGCGAGGCUUCAGCACCUCGGCCGCCCUGAGCCGCCGGACGCCCCCGCUGGGGCCGAUGCCCAACGCGGACAUCGACGUGAGCAACCUAGAGCGGCUGGAGAAGUACCGGAGCUUCGACCGCUACCGACGCCGGGCGGAGCAGGAGGCGCGGGCCCCGCACUGGUGGCGGACCUAUUGGGAGUACUUCGGGGACCAGACAGAUCCCAAAGACAAAGUUGACAUUGGACUGCCUCCACCCAAGUUCUGCCGUACCCAACAGUUACACCAACGGAAGCAGGUUCUAAGGGAGCUUCGGGCCAAUGUGGAAGAAGAGCGGGCUGCUCGCCUCCGCACAGCCAGCAUCCCCCUGGAGGCUGUGCGAGCUGAGUGGGAGAGGACCUGCGGCCCCUACCACAAGCAGCGCCUGGCUGAGUAUUACGGCCUCUACCGAGACCUGUUCCACGGUGCCACUUUCGUGCCCUGGGUUCCCCUGCAUGUGGCCUAUGCUGUGGGCGAGGAGGACCUGAUGCCUGUGUACCAUGGCAAUGAAGUGACUCCAACUGAGGCUGCCCAGUCCCCAGAGGUGACCUAUGAAGCAGACGAGGGUUCCAUGUGGACACUGCUGCUUACCAAUCUGGAUGGACACCUGCUGGAGCCAGAUGCAGAAUACCUCCACUGGCUGCUAACCAACAUCCCGGGCAACAGAGUGACUGAAGGACAGGAGACUUGUCCUUAUCUCCCCCCCUUCCCUGCCCAAGGCACCGGCUUCCACCGCUUCGCCUUUCUGCUCUUCAAGCAGGACAAGCCAAUCGACUUCUCUGAGGACACCCGCCCUUCACCCUGCUACCAGCUGGCCCAGAGGACCUUCCACACUUUUGAUUUCUACAAGAAACACCAGGAAGCCAUGACUCCAGCUGGCUUGGCCUUCUUUCAGUGCCGCUGGGAUGACUCAGUCACCCAAACCUUCCACCAGCUUCUGGACAUGCGGGAGCCCGUGUUUGAGUUUGUGAGGCCGCCCCCUUACCACCCCAAGCAGAAACGCUUCCCGCACCGACAGCCCCUGCGCUACCUGGACCGGUAUAGGGACAGUCAUGAGCCUACCUAUGGCAUCUACUGAGGGGUCAUAGUGUACCCACUUUGGAGGGUCUGCUGGACUGUCAGGAACAGGAAAGACAGCUCCUGUGGUCUGAGCUCUGGGGUUCUGGUCCCUGCCUGAGGCAGCCCCUCUAUAGGCCUGUCCCAUCAGGCCCAAGGCUGGGAGCAAAGGAGGUUGUCAGGUGGGAAUGGAAGGGUGUGAAUAAAGAUGACUUCUGCUCUUG